GUUAUAACACUCGGCAGUUCUCUCCUACCCAAACUCAACUCUCUCGCUCACUCGUUGUUUCCGUGUACGCUCGCACAUACAACUUGUAUCCAUCAUACAAAAAACUAUCACCAAACCCAUCCAUUGGCUCUUGGCCCCAGUCUCACCAUUUCAACUCGUAUUUUCUCUCCUGUUUCAGUGAAUCCGUGACACAAACACUCGGGAGGGGAAUUUUUCAGUCUGCGUCACCUGAUCGCGGGACGCUUUUUGCGGACAGUUGGAAAAACCAUUGGGUGGUAUUAUCCAAAAUUAUUACUCCAGGGAAAACCUCCAGGGAGAAUGUCCAAUGGAUUAAGCGAGAAUGCCACGAGUACAAUUCCAGCCAUGGAUAAUCAGUGAUAAAAGCGUAAAAGUGCAAAAGUGGGCCUAGAGAAAGUAAUCGUAAAAUAGCAUUCAAGUAUAAUAGUCCAAUAGUUAAUAGUGUAUAGAAUAGUGUCACCAUCAUUAAUUAUAAAGGCGACACAAUGACUAGCGUUAUGGGUCUGCGACGUCGUGUCCCAGUGAAUACACCCGCUUUAUUACCGCCUGCAUCCUCUAAACGAUCGAGAUCGGAGAACAAUAAUAAUCCAUCACAUGGUAAUUUAAAUUCAUUGAAUAAUCGGGAUGAGCCAGUGUCAGUGCCAGUGCCAGCUAAGAAAUCACGUAAUGUGUCAAACAGUAUUAGAAAUAGUUCAGGUGUGAAUACAGAAACAAUACAAGUGUCAAGGGGUCGUGGUUCAUCAAAGUGUAGGGUAAAAAGUCCCAUGAGUGUGCAAGCACCACCACCACUACCACUACCACUACCACCGCCACCAUCAUCAUCAUCAUCAGUAGUAGCACACACGUUACCAACAAAUACCAAUGGGCCAGUGCAACGCUCGGAACAGGAAAUUAAUAGCUUCAAUGUUUUAACAUCAACACCAUGGUCAGUGGCGAGUAGUAGCAUGACAGAUUCAUCCGUUACAUAUGGAACAAUAUCAAGUCUCGUCCCGGCUACACAGCCGAAUUUAGGCACUUCGAGUAGUCUUGCAAUACCAACACCAAUUCCCUACAUGGCAACGUCCAUGGCAACCUUCGUGGGUACAGCUACCAAUCUCAACAAAAACUCGUCAGUGUCGUAUCUAGAUAUUUCCAACAUGACAAGUGGCUCACUUGGUGCUACUUCUACUAAUACCGCUAUCAGUGCAGCAUAUGGUAAUGGUAAUGGUAAUGGUAAUAGUAAAAACUCAACUCUAAUGUCUGACAGCAAGACAUCUGUCUCACUUCCAUUUUCCGGGCUUGUGCCAACUUCUCUGCCGUAUAGCACUAGUAAAACAUCGCAAACAAAUGUAGAUGCUAAGAUUUCAUCACCAAAAUCAAUCAAGUUUCAAAAUGACACGAUGUUCAAUACGUACCAGCCGUGGGUUAUCAAGACGUAUGGUGAUCUUGCUAAAACAAAGACAAUUACCAUUAAAAAAUAUGCAAGAAUAUUGAGAACACUGCGGGGUGAAGAGGUUAAUAGCGCUGAGAAUAGUAAGUUCCGAUUUUGGGUCAAGAGCAAGGGUUUUCACAUUGGUCAACCGGAAGGAUAUGAUGCUAAACCGGCGGACAGGAUAAUCGGUCGUCAUGCUGUCACUAGCCCUGGAUUAGAUCCGCCUCUCUACGUACCAACUCAAUUACCUCAUAAUAAGGCAUUGAGCAAUUGUGAUGGCUCAGUACCGCCAGGGAGAGUCUACAAGAAGGUUGCCAUUGUCGAGAAUUUUUUUGACAUUAUCCACGCUGUUCACGUUGACUUGGAGGGUCGGCCUGGAAAACAUGCUGGUCAGAAACGUACUUACAGAACCAUUACCGAGACAUACGCCUUUCUACCUCGUGAAGCUGUCACGAGAUUUCUCCUAGGUUGUACGGAGUGUCAGCGUCGUCCAAGAACACCGAGUCCAACAAAUCUGGUGGCUCAAUCGCAAAAUACAACAGCAAGCCCAUCAAUAGCAUCAUUAGCAUCAACAGCCAGUAAUCUGCCAACUGCUGUUACACCUUUGAGUCCAACUCCAGCAACUUCACUCUCAGCAUCACCAUUGCAAAGUAGCCUGAGGCCACGUGAAGCAAGUCAUCCACCAGAGAGUAAAAGUUUAUUCAAUUACAGGCAUAUUAAGCAACAGAGAGCUACAGCUACAGCUACAGCUACAGCUACAGCUACAGUUAGCGUUAUCGAGAGAAUAGCUAAAAAUAAAGAAUCCGAUGAUAGGAGAGAGAGUGAAAGAGUCAGGGAGGAAAAAUAUAAUCCCCUGAGUAUCACCAACUUGUUGAAGAAGGAGCCACCCAAUUUCACAACUACUAAUAGUGAAAAUCGAAAUAGUGACUCGAGACGUACACCCGAGUCAGAUAGAGCAAGUUCGGGGAGCUCUGUAUCAUCAAAACGAAGGAGAAUGCUUCCAAAAGGUCGCACACCAUCGCCUCCACCUAGCACACCUCUUGCCAGGCCCUGGAGUCCCGGAUUAGAUCCCAAGGAGACUCCAGUUGAUUAUAGUCUUCCCAUUACGACAACAUAUCUAAAGCAUCAGCAGAGGAUUGAAGCUGAGAAGAAUAAAGCAGUAGAGGAAGCAGAAGCGGCGGCGGUAGCGGCGGCAGCGGCGGCAGCAGCUGCUAGUGCGAAACAACGACAACUCGAACAAGAGGCAAGAGAGGCAACAUCUUCACCUUCAAUGAUAGAUCAAGGCGAUGUCGAGAGAGAGCGAUUCUCACCAGCAGCAGGAUUAAUCGAUACAAACCUCAAUUUACUCGCUACUAUCCAGCAAUUGCAUUGUCAGGUCAUGGUAGCUUUGACUGAGAGACUCAGGCCCUCGAUACUACCAUCCCCUUUGAUCUUACCAUCGACCGCUGGCGUACUGCCGAGUGUGCUCAUUGGCUCGGAUAUGUCGAUAUCUACCGCACUGGCGGCACACAAUCAUUCGUGAAGAUGCCAAUCUAUAUAAGUACAUUUACAAAGUUGGUAGAAAAAUCCAUGAGAUAAUGUGUUAUCUCAAUGUGUACCUUGUGUUUUAUUGGAUUAUUACUAAUCAAAUUUUCACAUCAUUUCUACAUGAGACUGGAUAGUCUUUGAUUCAUAACUUCCAUUAAACACAUCUCAUUCCAUUAUUGAAUGGUGAAUAAACUAGUCGUCAAAAUAUACAAUCAUUUUUUUUCCCUGAAUGACGUUUGAUUAGUGAUUAUUAUUUGCACUGCCAAUACCAAUACCAAUAGCAAUACCAUCAAAAUACAUAUAGCCACAAUAUUUCCAUUGUCGUAAUAAAGUUAUCCAAGUCAUUGUUUCAAUACAUCUUGAGGUUUUUAAUAUAAAUGUGAUGAAAUGUACCAUUUUCUACCCAAAGUUAAUAACGGUUAUUAAUAACAGUGUUGCUUCAUCAGUGUUAUAUUUUACGAUAUUGAGUGAUUUCACUUUGUCAAGUGGAGUGUAUAAUGUGAAGUUGGCCUUUAGUAUCGACAAUAUUGUAAUUAUUGUUGCAUAGUACUUGUAAAUUCUUUGUUUGGUGCAUGUUUUAACACGAUCUAUAUGUAUAGAGAGCCAUAUAAACUUGUAAAAAUUUAUUAUUUUUGUAUGAAAACAAGUUAUGAAACAAGAGAAUGAAUAUUUCAGGUCGUUGGUUCAAUUGAAAAUGACAUGAAAAUUACGGGUACUUUAAUAGAAAUUAGGAAAAAAUAGUACACUUUUUCAUAUUUUCCACCAAUGAUUUCAAACAUUUUGUUUUUAUUUCACCCUGAAAUUAUAGUACCUAGAACAUGAGCGAAAAAUACAGAGUUACACGGGGGCUUGCUGGAAGUGGCCAACUUCACCCCUUUAUUCAACCUCAACUUUUCUCCUUCGUUAGUUCUUCAUCUCUCUCUCUCAUGUCUAUAUGUGUAUAGUACUAAGCUUUGUGUAUAAUUACAUGAGACAACUUUCCCUAUGAUAACUUUCUUGCGCAAAGAGUCAGACAAAUUGUAAAACAGCCAAAGUAGCAUAUUAUAUAGAAAAAAGUUAGGCCUCAAGGUUUUUUUUUUGCUUCGACAAAAGUGUUUAACUAGAAAUUUGAUAAACUAAACUAUCAAGCCAGCCAAAUUUAAUAAUAAUAAUAAUAAUAAUAAUAAUGCUGCCAAUGAAAUGGCAAAGCAAAUUAAAUUUGAAUUGUUACGCUUCAACACUUGGCUAAUAAUUUUUAUUGUGUAAAUAGACUUUGUAAUAUAAUUGAUUACAGCUGCAAUUUCAUUAUUGUUAAAUACCAUUCCAUCAAUAAUGUUACUAUAUUUCAGAAAGAGAGAGAGAAAAAAAAA